CUUCGCCUCGGAUUAGAUCCUCUGCAAACCGAUGGUGGACUUGCUGUGAGCCGGACUUGGGACUCAGCAGUGGAGGAUGUCUGCAGAGGCCGAGCUCCAGCCGGGUGUCAAAACCAGCCAGCGGAGGGAGUCCAGGAGGAUCAAAGGUCAGGACCGCAGCGAGGCGGGGCUUAUUAAGCGUUUCCGUGGCGACGGCGUGCGCUACAAGGCCAAGCUGAUUGGGAUAGACGAGGUGACGGCGGCACGCGGGGACAAACUGUGUCAGGACUCCAUGAUGAAGCUCAAGGGUAUGGCGUCGUCUGCACGUUCCAAAGGUGAGCACAAGCAGAGAGUCUUCUUCACCGUCUCCUUCAGCGGGAUCAAGAUCUACUGCGAGCGGUCAGGGGUGCUCCUGCAUCAGCACUCGGUCCAUGAAAUCAGUUACAUCGCCAAGGACACCAGGGACCACCGAGCCUUUGGCUACGUGUGCGGCAAGGAGGGCCACCACCGCUUUGUGGCCAUCAAGAGCGCACAGUCGGCGGAGCCGGUCAUCAUGGACCUGCGAGACCUCUUCACCCUCAUCUACGACAUGAAGCAGCGGGAGGAGGUGGAGAAGAAGGCCCAGAAGGACAAACACUGUGAGCAGGUGGUCUACCAGACCAUCCUGGAGGACCAAGUGGACGACCCGGUGUACCAGUACAUAGUCUUUGAGGCUGGACACGAACCCCUGGGUGGCCCCCAGUCAGAGGAGAGCGUUUAUCAGGUCCCAAGCAGUCAGCAGAAGGACGGGAUCUAUGACGUCCCGAAACGCCAUUUCAUGACUAACAUCAACCACUUUGAUCUUUUCGGAGACAUGUCCACCCCUCCCUCGAUGCCUCCAUCGCCCGCCAACACGCUGGACCCGAGCAGGGUCAGCCGCCAGCAGCCCAACCCUGCCGACAUGUACGCCCCCUUCAACCCCACCUCGCUGCCGUCAGGCUACAUGACCAUGGGCCCCGUGCAGGCCUCCCAGUGGGCACAGCAGCCCUUUGCGGGCCAGCCUCAGACGUUAGCCUUCCCCGUGCAGGGACCUCUCCAGGUGGCCCAGGUCCUCCCCGGAGGUCAGCCCCUCAUCUGGAGCCAGGCCAACAUAUUCCGAGCCACGCAGCAGCAGUGGGCGGCCAUGGCGGCCUACGUGCCCGGCCAGACCCUGGGGGGCCACGCCAUCCCGGCCGCCGUGCUCCAAGGCCUGCUGCCCGUCACCACCGUGUGCCCGCAAGCCUGCGACCUCUCCGCCCCCUCCUCGGCCGUCACCAGCCCCCAGCACGCCGCCCACCCCGCCUUGGCGGAGAACCGAUCGAGUCUGGGGAAAGACGGCUUGGGCGUGGACUUUGAUGCCGGCGAGGGCCCGUCUACGUCAGGGUUGGUGCCGGGGAGCGGGUGUGGCCCUCUUGGCGCAGCGGACACCCUCGUGUGCAGUCAUGUGUUGACCCCCCCUGUGGCUGUGACCCUGGAAGACCAAGACCUGGAUCCUUCUGGCGUGACCUUGAGUCCUGGUACCUCCACUGAGUCACCAUGUAGUCAGCAGACCUCAGACUUGCCACCUGUCCCGGUCUGCCAGCUCCAGACACACCUUUCCCUGCUGGACUCUGAGGGCCAGUCCAGCCUGGCCGAGGAGGACUGUGGCGCGGCCAGGUCAGGGUCUCCCGGUGAUCCAGGUGAGGACCAGACCUGUCCACAGGAAGCGUGCUAGACGGCAGAGACGCAGCCUCUAAAGGUUACAAAGGGGUUUUUUUCAAUCAUUUAAGGAGUACUGUGAGAAAUUGUCACCAUGGCAACCAGCCCGUGGUCCAAUCAAGUAACCUUUCAGCCAGGAAGUGACCUUUCAUCGCCCCAAAAAUGAAAGCCGACUGCGCUGGUGUGAGCGAUGAUGCACUAAAGAGGAGUUUUCUCCCGCAAAGACCGCCAGCUGCACAGUCCUCCUGUCCUCCUGUCCUCCGCACCACUCCUGCAAAAACUGCUCUCCGACUCGGACUCUGGCUCCGGCUAAGCUUUUGCCUCGUCCCUGAUAAGUGAUGGUACAGUACUAUCUGCUCACAGGCGCCCCCCGGUGCUUGUUGGAGCACACCGCAGCUCGUCCUGAAUCAGGGGUGUCAGACUGGUAGCAGCUCAGGGGCCACAUGGAGGAAAACCAUGGCAUGACCACUUCUAAAAUCCAGACUACAACAGGUUGUUUUCUUUCUUUUUCUUUGGCCAAAUAUAGACCCGCUACAUUCUGAAAAUGUACACCUUACAAAUAAUCCUCUAAACACUCGUUAGAAAAACAACAUGAAAUUAGACUCUUUUUAGAAUCCAAGUCACAUCCUGUCUGGGGAAUAAAUACUAAACCAACUGUUCUAUGUAUGAAAUACUUCAUUGGCACCUCAGAGUCCUGUGCUGACUCAACAACUCCUACAAACUUAGAUUCUUUUUAGAAUCCAAGUCACAUCCUGUCUGGGGAAUAAAUACUAAACCAACUGUACUAUGUAUGAAAUACUUCAUUGGGACCUUGGAGUCCUGUGCUGACCCAACAACUCCUACAAACUUAGACUCUUUUUACAAUCCAAGUCACAUCCUGUCUGUGGAAUAAGUACUAAACCAACUGUUCUAUGUAUGAAAUACUUCAUUGGCACCUCGGAGUCCUGUCCUGACCCAACAACUCCUACAAACUUAGACUCUUUUUACAAUCCAAGUCACAUCCUGUCUGGGGAAUAAAUACUAAACCAACUGUUCUAUGUAUGAAAUACUUCAUUGGGACCUCGGAGUCCUAUGAAAUACUUCAUUGGGACCUCGGAGUCCUGUGCUGACUCAACAACUCCUACAAACGGAGGUAGAAAACCCUUUAGUCCACGUUGGUCUUUUUGGACAAAACACCACGUGUUUACGUUUUGUUUGGGUGGAGCAAACCAUUUGCUUGCCAAACAGAAUUGUUAUAGCAACAUCCAGUGGACACUUUUAGAACAGCAGUUUCUGUCAUUAAAAACAUUUAAUACAUCUCGGGGGCCGUGCGUACGUCUGACACCCCUGUCCUGGAUAGUCCCACUCCUUCUGUCACACGCAGGAUUCUCACAGGAAUGAGCCAACAAUGCAAGCUUAUCAUCGUGUCUUCUUUCAUUAGUCAAAGGCACCGACAACCAAAAGUCAGCUUUGAGGCAUCAGUGUCAUCGAUGACAAAAAAAAAAAAAAAAAACUCAUAUUUGCCAAACUCUUAUUUUGUAAAUAACAUUCCUCCCGACAUCCUCUGUGCCAACUUCCUGUGUUCCUCUCCAACCAACCAGCACCUCAGGUGUUUGUUUUCUGUCGACUUGUUUCAGUUUGGUUGCCGCCGUAUGAACUGUGAAUCUGUGUGACAUGCCCUUUCAAAAUAAAGCACCUCCUUUUCACAAUAAAAGGGGCCUUGCACUUGAAGAAGAAGAAUGGCGUAACGCCACAGACCUCUUGGUCUUUUUUUUUUUUCUGACCGCCCCACAUCUAUUUGAUGUUGCCAUGGGAACACUGUACUGUAUGACACCCCCCCCCUCCAUGAAAGAUUUUUAUUGCUGUCAAUCACUAAGUAUCAUCCUCCCUGCUCCUGGAGGGAAACAGGAAAUAGUCCGAAAUAUUUUCUACAUUUUAUUUAUGGAUUGAAGAGCUAUGAAAAAAGGGACUUUUGUAGGUUUAUUCCUCUCCUUCUACUGUGUACUCCUGCCACAGUCGCCUCACUAAUAAACAUCCAGU